GGAGGAGGCCACCAUGCAGUCCUGGAGUCGAGUCAGGGUGGCCAAGUGCCAGCUGCUGGUCACCAGCUCCUUUGUCUUGCUACUGGGCCUUUCUAUGGCCGCCAUGGCAGCUGUCAACUACCUAGGGACACACUUUGCUGUCGUCGGCCGCGCAUCCUCAGACAGGACCCCCUAUGAGGCCACACGCCGCUGGGCCUUCUGCACCAGCAUCAGCCUGGCUGGGCUCCUGACCCUGGGCGCCGUGCUGGGUGCUGUAGCCACCGUGAGGGAGGCCGGAGGCCUCAUGGCUGGGGGCUUCCUGUGUUUUGCCCUGGCGUUCUGCAUCCUGGUGCAGGUGGCCUUCUGGAGAUUCCACAACCCUGCCCAGGUGGAGGAUGCCGUGUUAGACACCUACGAUCUGGUGUAUGACCAGGCAGUGAGGGGCUCGUCCGUCACCCUGCGGCAGCAGCUGGUGGCCAUUCAGGACACGUUCCUGUGCUGUGGGAAGAACUCUCCUUUCGGCCUCCUGGGGGGCACGGAGGUCAGUCUGUGUCCAGGAGAGGAGGCCACCAGACAGGACUGCUUGGUGGGGGUCAGGAGCUUCCUGAGGACCUAUGGAAACAUCGCCUCCACCCUCACUGGCAUCGGCCUGGCCUCCACGGUGUAUGCCGUGCUGCUCAGCUCCUUUCUCUGGUUCGCCUUUCGCUCUGGCUGCAGCUUGGACCGCAGGGGCAAGUACACCCUAAGCCGGAGAGCCCGUGACUGCCGGCCCCAGGAGCCCAGCUUCUUCAGACGCUCCCCGGGGGGGCCCGCACUCCAGCACCCGAUGGAAGCGGACGUUCUCGAUGGCCGCCUGUGUGCGAGCAGACCCUCAGGGGGCCCUCAGUUCCUCCAGGACAGCUGACGCUGCUUCAACCACCUGCCCUGCCACCUGUCGGCCCACAGAGCCCGAGCGGGCCUGAACACGAGCCUUACGAGGAGGGUGCGACGUGUUUUCUGCCGCAGCACGGAGGGACGGGGAAGGAGAGGAGGAGGCCAGCUCUGUUUCAGCAGACAAGGGGACCGGGGUCACUCACUGACUCCUCGGGAACAGACUGGGAAGUGGUCGGAGCAGAGAAGCCACGGGGCAGGUUUGGGCAGUCUGCUUAGUCUCACGAGGUCAGAGCCCAGGGCCGAGCCUGGCCGGGCGCCCCACUGGCCGCCGGCUCCGGGGGACCCUACUUCCAGGCUCAGUCCGGCUGCUGGCUGGACACAGGUCCGUGCGGCUGGAGGACCGAGGGCCCCCUC